ACAGUGAAGAGACAGUUCUGAACAUGUUACCACCUCCAGUUUUUGCUCUUUUGCUGGCCUGCUUUUUGCCUCUAAUGUCAGCAACAGUUGUUCAAGAUUUCAAUCACAUAGAGCGAUGCAAGGACUCUCUGUACAUGGGGACACCACCGCGCGGGUUCACCGACAUCAGACUUAAGAAGAUCUGCCAGCGAUACGCGGACAGACCUCGCUAUGUGACGCUGUACGACCCCCAGAAGCGGAUUCCAGUUUAUUCAGCUUAUACCUUCAAGAAAACAGAAGGAGACAGACGUGUGGACUACCCUUGGAUGUAUGAGCCACAGCUGGCAGAAAUCGAUGGGAACGGAAACAUGCAGCCCUUCCCAACUGGCUACCUCCACAUGAAGUUUGAGGACAGCCAGGCGGUCCUGGAUGACUACUCUGAUGUGGUCCUGUACGAGAGAGGUCACCUGAACCCGGACCAACACCAGUCUACGCCACACGACCGGGCUGCAACCUACACCCUAACCAACGUGGUCCCAGAGAUACGCGAGUUCAAUAUUGGGCCUUGGCGUGAGUAUGAGGAGCGAAUCAGGGUCCGUCUCAACAAUUUCUGCCGUGGCACAGCCUACAUCGUGACUGGAGUGACAACCAGAGGUAACAUGAUCCGCCGGAACAACCAGGACCGUGUGGCCAUCCCCGAAGAUGUGUGGUCCGCUUACUGCUGCACCGACUAUGACCGCAACGCACCACACGAUGUUCGCAUCCGCUUCCCGUCCUACGGAGUCUUGGCCAAAAAUGCCAGAGAGGGCAACAGCGUGCAUGAGAUGCCGGUUCAGGAGCUUGAAAUCUUUUUGAAAAAUAAUCUGGAUGUUGACCAGAACCUUCAGAUCUUCUAUGACAACUGCAUCUCUCCCUCACCCCUCCCUCUGUACCUCCAACAUACCAUCUGAUAGCUUCUACCUACUCAAAGUGGUAGAUGGUAAUGGUAGAAACACAUUUGUGCUUUUUUUGUGCUAAAGAGUAAUGCAAAUACCCAAUUGCCAGGAUAAAUGUUGGUAUUGUACAUAUCUGCAAACCAUAUAAAACUUGUACAUUAUUAUGUAGCGGAUUUGGUAAAACUUGACCUAAAAUACCCACUCUUGGUGGCACAAUCAUGGCUGGACAUGCUUCCAGUGUCUCGCCUAGGUGCUGUGACCACGCACUGAGGACAAAUUUUUGUUGGAAGGAAAAUCGGGUUGAUGGCGAUUUAAAUGUCUGACAAUGUAAGAAGUUCGCAUAGUGCAGACUUUAACAUGAUGUUAAAUGACGUUUUGCAGAUGUUUGUUUUAGUUCUCCAUACCUUAUCAUUAAAUGUCAUUAUUUUACAUCAAAAUGACAUUGACAUGAGUGAGGAUGUAUGAUUUUGGUUAGCCUACUUAACAGCACAACUUAAAACCAACAAAAUAUCAGCAUCAUCUGUGGUGGAUUUUCUAUGUGAAACUAACAUUGGCAUUAGGCGUUGUCUUGACAUUGAAAGCCAAAACGUAUAUUCAACAUAAUGACUUCGGUGGCCAGCUGGGCUAGGUAUGAAACAUAAAAAUGUAAGGUUUCUGUGGUUUUCAAGAACAUACGAUGCCAACACUUUCUUCUGCUGCCCGAGCUGAAUAAUCUGAUAAUAAUUUUCUCUAAUGUUUAUUUAACA